AUGGGCUUGCGAGCUAUUAGGAUAGCGCGAGAGGGUUUGAGUACUCAUGACUUGGUCGCGGGGUGGUUGGAGGAGGUCGGACCUGAGGACGGUGAUGGUGAUAGCACAGAGGCGCAAAAGGAGGAGAAACUGAUCCCGUGUACUCCGCUUCGACACCCGCAGCUGCUAGUGGAGUACGAUGAGAAUUCGCCCACAACGAGCUUUUCCUAUGAGAGCGUCUUCGACUCGCCCGGAGCUACGCCGACCGAGGGCGGUCCUACCUCAGCGAAGAACAGGCAUCAUUCCUACGCGGAGACCAACGCCUCGAGCAUCCAUGACGAUGUGAAUCCGUGUGAUGGGGAGGAAGACUUGCAAUGCCUGGUAUUGCCCGAUGACGCGCUCGACGACGAGCAAUCGGCCAGCCUGGCCUCCUACGAUCCUCCUUCCGCUAUCAACUCUUCCUCCCACCUCACGAUCCACUCCACCAACCUAGCACUCUUUUCAGUCUCGCCGCAUUUCGAUCCGCACAAGCCCCGCCUGAUAUGGAUAACUUCCUGCCUACAAUGCACCCUCGCCGGUCUCCCGUGCUCGCGCUCCUCACCAGCUUGCUCUCGCUGCAUGCGCUCCGGCCGCAGUAAACUAUGUCUGCUUCACCGCCGACGGACGAGAGAGGAGAUGGUGAAUGGUGACAGCUUACUAAACACCACGCCGAUUCUACUCAAAGCCCAUGGCGAUGAUGAGACAGUGUGGCAGCAGAAGAUUCGCUUGGCGCAAGAGUUGCUAGAGGCGUGGAUGGAGAAAGAGGGGAGGAGGAAUUGGGUUCUCCCCAUCAACGACGGGAAGACUGGCAACUUUAAGACAAGCAUACUCUGCGCUCCGCGGAUGCAUCCUGGUGAAGGGAUUGGGCGGACGACACACUGCCAAUUGAGGUUGGCAGAAGCCUAA